CUUGUUAACGUUAAUAUUCCACUGAAAAUUCAAGGCGUUUUUGUGUUUUUUAUGCCUUACGCAUGUUAUUUUCUGACAUCAUGGCCUCCUUAGCAAAACCUAGUAGGGGAGAGGGGGGCAUAACGGGGACGUUAAGGAAAAUAAAGAAUAAAAGAAUAAACAAAAUAUAUUUUUCAAUCAAAACUAAUCUUGAUACUUUGGUUGCAUAUUACAGAUUCAUUUGGCACAGACUUUCGUAAAGUAACUAAUCAAAUAAUAUCCUUAAAUUUAAUUCUACGAAAUCCUUAUUAAAUCCCCAUUGUGCCCCACGGUAGUGGCAACACGGGGUACAUAGUUAUAUUGCUUCACAGUAUAAGCAGAUGUGGAUUUCUUUCGAAUUUUUGUCGUCAAUUCCAGCACAGGCUGUAUGAGACCAACGUUCACACAGCUGGCAGGCCACCCAGUAACUAUGGUUCUCGUCAACGCAAUAGAGGCAUAAGAUAUCCUCGUCCACUUUUUCUACGUCCUUCUUCUUCUGUUUCUUCGCAUUUCUCUUUAAACGGGGAUCAUUAGGAUUUGAACACUUCUUCGUCUGCGAUAAUUUUUUCUCGUUUGAUUUCUUUGUUCGACUGUUGGGAUCGCGAGAAUGUCCUUGGGAGAAGCAUUUUCAAAGGAAGUUGUUAAGUCACGACAUACUCUUCGAAUUGGAGAUCGGAUCACACUGUCUUCGUUUUGUAUAGGGAUUUGGCAUAGGAGUUUUCUGAUAUGGUGGCGUAGCUAGAGGCAAAACUUGUUCAAGUGGGUGCUCUUUAAGGGAAAGCGGUGGAUAUUGCUGGAUUUCAGCAGAUGAAGCACCUGUCUCAGGCUCGCUAUUUCUCAGCGGUACGUCUGUUGUUGAUGCAGCUAAAAAAUCUGAAUCUGUGAAGUUGCUUUGAUUGAAUGGCCAUAUGCCACAUUUUUUGAAUGCAUUGAUCGCUGUAGCCGUUGUUGCAGCUUGAAUAUAUGCAUGUGCAAAGAUUUCGCUUAUUUGAAAAGUUGUUAUUAUUCGCCCCGGAUGCGACCUUAAAAAGUUAGAACAUUGGUCAUAAUACGUACUCAGAGGUUUCAUAAAGCCAACAUCCAAAGGUUGGAGCCUAUGGGUGCAGUGAGGGGGAAAGCAAAGCAUUACAACUCCAUUCUUACGCGCACUUUCAAUAACCUCUAAGUUUUGUGUGUGCGUUACAUGACCAUCUAGAAGCAACAAGACCGGGUUAGUUAUUACGUCAUAAAUGUCUCAGUAGUCAUCCAGCCUCGAGCAUUGCAUUCUGCCGUCGUUCCUGGAGGAGCGUGAUCCAAUAACUCCUGCUUCAUUCUCUGUCGAGGAAAUAUCAGCAUGGGAGGCAUGUAAGUUCCAGCUGCAUUAAAACAUACUUCAACCGUGACCGUCUGCCCUCGUUCUGCUGAAGAAAGUGAGCCUACCUGUUUCCUUCCCUUUUCUGCAAUUAUUUUGUUCUUUGUUUUGGAGACACAUGAUAUGCCAGUCUCAUCGCAAUUAUAUAUCCUAUCUGGCCUUAGAUUAUAUUUAUCAUAUAUUUCCCUGAGCAAGGAAUAAAAUGUAUCCACUCCCACUUUGUUGAACCCCAUUGCCCGAGCUGCUGAUGUGGCUUCUGGUUUGCGGAUGGAUAAAUCUGGAUGACGUUUCAUGAAUCCUUUCAACCAAUCUACGCCAGCCAUCAUUUUAUCAUGGUUAAUAUUAUUUUUCUCCGCCAACUGAUAAGCCAGCUUUCGUAGGACGACAGUGGUUAAUCCGAACAGACGUUUCUCCAUUUCUUUAAUAUACCUCACGAGCUCAUCUUCUUUUUUGGAAAAUUCGGGUUUAAAGUUACCUGGAGUGGAGUUGAGGGACACCUCGCCCUUUCGUGUUUUGACGAGAUAACGCUCCAAUGUAGUUUGUGGAACACCGUAGAGUUGAGAUGCUUUUCUGUAGCCUAUUGUUUUGCUCAAAACUGCGCUUGUUUCAUGCUUUCUUUAGACCAACUGCCUCUGGAACUUUUCUUUUUGUACGUACGUACCAUUUUUUAUCUGCAACAAAAUGAAUCCUAUUCACAAAUAAACAGAUUAUUCAAACAGCUUACAUAACAGGGGCAUAAUGGGGACAACAGUGACGAGGCACAAUAGGGUACCCCAUUGUACCUUAUCACCACGGCCCCGUUAUGCCCCCAUGUGUAACAUUCUUUUUAAUUUCGAACAAACAAAAAAAAUUGGUAGUUACAGAGAUGUUUUCCAAAACAUAUCAAUAAUUGAUAUCACUUAAAAACACAACACAAAAUCGAUGGUAUUAAUUUGAACACUUACCUUUUUAUAUGCGUUCUUGUAACCACUUAGAAUUAGUUGAAAUGACGCCGAAAACAAUUAUAGGUUAUAAAACAAAAGCGCGCGCAGCCUAGUCGCCGGCGGUGACAACACACGUGUGCGUAGUUAUCUAGAUAUAGAUAUGUUGAUGGCCCCGUCGUGCCCCGCGGCACCAUUAUGCCCCCCCUUCCCCUACCUAACAUUACGUGUGAAGAUAUUUCGGUGACACCCCAAUCUUUUAUGCACUUGUGAGACAUUACUAGACUGGAAAUUUUCCACUGUUUUCAAAAAAUCCAAUAUGGCGGCCAUAAGAAAAAUGAAAGUUGCGGCGGGUUGCUGGAAAACAAAAGACGAUUGAGACAUGCCGUACAUGCCAUCUUAUUUUUCUUAAAAACUGUCACAUUUUGACAGCUUGUCAAACUAACCGUUUUGGAUUUACCGGCAAAAAACAAAUACCGCCAUUUUCGGUUUUUCACUGAUAUUUUCAAAACCAUUUGACCGAUCUUAAAUCUGAAGCUGGCCAUCGAAAGCACCAAGUUUUCCUCUAAAACUUUCCAGGAGCCGAGAUCCGUGCAUAGAGAAGCGAAUCAGGGACGCACUGUAUUAUGUGGUUUUAUUCGGCCAGAUAAUGGAGUCCGGUGAACAUGAAAACCACAGGAUAAGUUGCAGGAGUUACAUUAAAAAAUUUAUGUGAAAUCAAAAUUCAUCGCAAUUAAGCAAAUAAUAAAGAAAACGCAUGCAGUUCAGUCUAACAUUUUUUUUUUCGUAGAAAAUGGAGGAACAGGUGGAUGCAGGCAGAACCAAAGCAAUCGGCCUUUCCAACUUCAACAAGCGACAGGUAGAAAAGGUUUUGAAGAAUGCUAGAAUAAAACCAGCAAGUCUGCAGGUUGAGCUGCAUGUACUUUUGCAACAAAAGGAAUUGGUAGAAUUCUGCCAGAGCAACGGUAUCGUUGUUGUGGCUUAUUCACCACUAGGCUCACCAGGAUUCAAUAAUUUUAUGCAAAAACACGGAUUUCCAACUAGAGAAAUGCCAAAUAUCCUCCAACAACCAGCGGUACAAAAAAUUGCAGAUAAACAUAAGAAAGCAACUGGGCAAAUUUUGCUGAGAUUUUGGAUCGAACAAAACGUUGUGGUGAUUCCAAAAAGCACUAAUCCAGAACGGUUGAAGCAAAAUAUGGGUGCUUUAAGCUUUUCGCUCGACUCAGAUGACAUAGAGCAACUAAAAGCUUUGGAUAUGGGUGAAGAAGGAAGGAUUUUUAAUAUGGACUUCUUAAAAGGUAUGAAAGAUCAUCCCGAGUAUCCCUUUGUAAAAUGAAGACAUGUUCCUAAGGUUCCACAUAGAACGCUCACCGAUCAUAUUUUAAUUUUCUGCACUUACUAUCUGUUUCAACUGCAAUGUUAUUCUUUUAUAAGAAUUUCAUGUGAUGAAUUUACUACAUAAUAAAGACUCAAAUGAAGAUUGU